AGACGCCAUUUCACAGUCAUCAGAGCAGAAGGAGGAAAACAGCAAGUCUGAGGCAGUGUUACUGGUUUACCUCUCAGACUCCAGAAGAUGAAGAAAGAGGAGGAAGAGGAGGAAGAGGAGGACGGAGCAGAGUCUGUAAUAUCCAGCUGUCUGUCUAUGAAGAGUGACUGGUCUAAAGGUGAUGUUCCAACCUUCAGUAAUGAACCUGGACCCUCAGACACAAAUGUUACUGGUUUACCUCUCAGACUCCAGAAGAUGAAGAAAGAGGAGGAAGAGGAGGACGGAGCAGAGUCUGUAAUAUCCAGCUGUCCGUCUAUGAAGAGUGACCGGUCUAAAGGUUUACUUCCAGACUUCAGUAAUGAACCUGGACCCUCAGACACAAAAGAGAGGAAGAGGAGGGCUGUUUCUGUGGAGGAGCAGCUGUCCUGCUGUUCUUUGUGUCAGGACGUCCUGAAGGAUCCAGUCUCUACCAGCUGUGGACACUGGUUCUGCAGACAGUGCAUCAUCUCAUACUGGGACCAGUCUGCUUCAUCAGGAGACUCCUCCUGUCCCCAGUGUGCAGAAAGAUCCAGAACCAGACCUGGACUGCAGACAGACAGUCAGACCAGCACUGUACAAAAAAGUGGUCUGCAGGAGGUUUUAGAUGAACAUCACAUCAGUCUGAGCAGCAAAUUUGAAUGUGUGACUCAAGGAACUGAUGAAGCAGGAAGUGAAAUCGUCCUCAUCAGCAUCUUCACUGAGGUCUACAUGACAGAGGGACAGAGUGAAGAGGUUAAUACCCAACAUGAGGUGAGGCAGCUUGAAGCAGCUUCCAAGAAGAAGACCCUCCAUGACGCUCCAAUCAAGUGUCAGGACAUCUUUAAAGUCUUACCUGACCAACAGAAACACAUCAGAGUGGUUCUGAUGAACGGCGUCGCUGGUGUUGGAAAAACCUUCUCAGUGCUGAAGUUCACUCUGGACUGGGCACAGCGCUCCAACAACCAAGAUAUCAGUCUGCUGAUUCUGUUCUCGUUCAGGUCGCUGAACUUGAUCAAAGAUAAGCAGUACAGUCUGCUCAUGCUGAUCCAUGUUUUCUAUCCAACAUUACAGAAGCUCACAGCAGAGAAGCUCGCUGUCUGUAAAGUUCUGUUCAUCUUUGACGGCCUGGAUGAAAGCAGACUUUCACUGGAUUUCAAUAACAGUGAGGUCGUGUCUGAUGUCACACAGAAGUCAUCAGUCAGCGUGCUGUUGACAAACCUCAUCGAGGGGAAGCUGCUUCCCCCGGCUCUCGUCUGGAUAACUUCCCGACCUGCAGCAGCCAAUCAGAUCCCUCCUUCAUGUGUUAGCAGGGUAACAGAAGUACGAGGCUUCACUGACGCCCAGAAGGAGGAGUACUUCAGGAGGAGAUUCAGUGAUGAAGAGCAGUCCAGCACAAUCAUCUCACACAUCAAGACAUCCAGGAGCCUCCACAUCAUGUGUCACAUCCCAGUCUUCUGCUGGAUCACUGCUACAGUUCUGGACCACAUGUUGACUACAGACCAGAGAGGAGAGCUGCCCAAGACCCUGACUGACAUGUACUCACACUUCCUGCUGGUUCAGACAAAGAGGAAGAAGAACAAGUAUGAUGAGGGACAUGAGACGAGUCCACAGGAGCUGACGGAGGCUGACAGGAACCUUCUUCUGAAGCUGGGGAGGCUGGCGUUUGAACAACUGGAGAAAGGAAACAUCAUGUUCUACCAAGAAGACCUGGAGCAGUGUGGUCUUGAUGUCACAGAGGCCUCGGUGUUAUCAGGAGUUUGUACAGAGAUCUUCAAAAGAGAGAGUGUGAGUUUCCAGAAAACAGUCUACAGCUUUGUUCAUCUGAGCGUUCAGGAGUUUCUGGCUGCAGUCUACAUGUACCACUGUUACACCAGCAGGAAGACAAAGGUACUGGAGGACUUCCUGGGAAAAAAACACAGUUACUCAUCUCUGGAUGACUUCCUGAAGAGAGCCAUGAAGAAAUCUCUCAGAAGUAAAAAUGGCCACCUGGACCUGUUUGUCCGCUUCCUUCAUGGCCUCUCUCUGGAGUCCAACCAGAGUCUCUUAGGAGGCCUGCUGGGUCAGACAAACAACAGUCCAAAAACCAUCCAGAGAAUCAUCAACAACCUGAAGAAGAUGAACAGUGGUGAUAUCUCUCCUGACAGAAGCAUCAACAUCUUCCACUGUCUGAUGGAGAUGAACGACCGCUCAGUACAUCAGGAGAUCCAACAGUUCCUGAAGUCAGAGAACAGAUCAGAGAAGGAACUCUCUGUGUUUGACUGCUCAGCUCUGGCCUACAUGCUGCAGAUGUCAGAGGAGGUUCUGGAUGAGUUUGACCUGAAGAAGUACAACACAUCAGAGGAGGGACGACGGAGACUGAUCCCAGCUGUGAGGAACUGCAGAAAGGCUCGACUUCCUGGCUGUGGACUCUCAGAGACUCACUGUGAAGUUUUGGCCUCAGCUCUGAAGUCCAACCCUCAUCUGACAGAACUGAACCUGAGCUACAACAAACUGUCUGAUUCAUCAGUGAAGCGUCUGUCUGCUGGACUGGAGAGUCCAAACUGUAGACUGAAGGCUCUGAGAUUGAGGUACUGCAGUUUGUCAAAGAUCAGCUGUGAUUAUCUGGCCUCAGCUCUGAAGUCCAACUCCUCCCAUCUGAGAGAGCUGGAUCUGAGAGGAAACAACCUGAAUGAUUCAGACAUGAAGCAGCUGAUUGAUCUUCAGCAGAGUCCAGACUGCAGACUGGAGACUCUGAGACUUUUGGCCUGUGGACUCUCAAAGACUCACUGUGAAGUUUUGGUCUCAGCUCUGAAGUCCAACCCUCAUCUGACACAUCUGGACCUGAGUCUCAACAAUCUGUCUGAUUCAUCAGUGAAGCGUCUGUCUGCUGGACUGGAGAGUCCAAACUGUAGACUGAAGACUCUGGAAUUGUUUAGCUGCAGUUUGUCAAAGAUCAGCUGUGAUUAUCUGGCCUCAGCUCUGAAGUCCAACUCCUCCCAUCUGAGAGAGCUGGAUCUGAGAAGAAACAACCUGCAGGAUUCAGACAUGAAGCAGCUGAUUGAUCUUCAGAAGAGUCCAGACUGCAGACUGGAGACUCUGAGAUUGCAGAGCUGCAGUUUGUCAAAGAUCAGCUGUGAUUAUCUGGCCUCAGCUCUGAAGUCCAACUCCUCCCAUCUGAGAGAGCUGGAUCUGUGGGGAAACGACCUGAAGGAUUCAGACGUGAAGCAGCUGAUUGAUCUUCAGCAGAGUCCAGACUGCAGACUGAAGACUCUGAGGUUGAUGUGGUGUAGUUUGUCAAAGAUCAGCUGUGAUUAUCUGGCCUCAGCUCUGAAGUCCAACUCCUCCCAUCUGAGAGAGCUGGAACUGAGAGGAAACAACCUGAAGGAUUCAGACGUGAAGCAGCUGAUUGAUCUUCAGCUGAGUCCAGACUGCAGACUGAUGUAUCUGGAAUGGAAAGAUUACUGAUCUCUGUUAGAGUGAGAGUGAACAUCCAGGAGUGUUGAGAGAGGAUCAGCUGGAUCCUGAUGAUCCAUUUGGAGUCUGGAUCUGGAUUUUGUCGUCUUCACUUAAGUCUCUUAACUGACUACAAACUGAACAGUUAUGUCUGGAUUUAGCUGAAGUCAGCACUUUACAGAUUUGUUCUACAUGAGCUGUUUGAUGCAGAAAAGAUAAAAACAGGUGUUAUAAGUCAGACUGUGAGCCUGGGCUCAUAUUUAUCAAGCGUCUCAGAAUCACACUGAGAGUUAACGAGGACUAAAACUAAUGAAUGAAGCAGAAGAGAAUUGACUGUGACUUUCAGCAGGAGAAGGAUUACUGCUGGGAGAGAGUGAGACGUCGCUGUUUUACCACAGUCAGAGCAGCAGAGUAGAAAUAAUGAUGACGUGUUGUAGUUUUCUCACAGUCUCAGCUGGAAAUAUGAAACAGUGGUCAUUUGGUAUAUUAUGUGUAUAGGCAGGUAACCAGGCAGGUAACUUACCAAGGUUAUGGAACAUGCAGGUCAAAUCAUAUCCUGCUUCUGUUGAUAACAACAUCAAGCCUG